AUUUUUCUUGUGUUUGCGCUGUACUCAAACUCAUCUUUUUUGUUUGGAGCGACAUGCUGUAUAAACAUCAAUGUGAACCAACGUGAACGAAGUGUGGUUGCUCGACCAUUUUUGCUGAUUUGUUUUUUGAUCUCGUGAGUUUUUGCUGUCGAAUAAACGCAAAUGACGCAGAGUCCCUUUGGUAAGAACAUCGCUUAAUGAAGCUUUUCGCAAAAAGAUCUUCCAUGAUGCACUGUUCCCCACGGUGGUUGCGCGGCCCUUCGUAGCCCCCACGACCAACUCUUCCAACUACUUGUACAAAACUAUAAACGCGUCAAUUUCUACUUGUUGCCAAAGUGCAAAGUUAGUAACGAAACUGCAACUACACUUUCACUAACCUGUAAGAACCAUUGAAAGAAUUUGAAGAACAUGAUGUCGAGCCUACCUCUUGUACCACCCUGGCUCAGUGGCUUCUUUUUCCCACCUGCUGGAGGAGAUGACGGAUCUUCGGCAUUGUUUCCCUUCACUUCAUCCGCCGAGCCUCUCCUGCGUCCCGCCCUCCUGCUCGAUCCAAUCGAUCCCAACACGCUUUUUGCCUUCCUACUUCUCAUCUUUCUGGACAUUCUGGGCUUCCCGUCCUUGUGGGACGAAAGGCUCUUCCGUCGGGUAAUCCACCAUGCGGCCACCGGCAGCUUCUUCCCCUGGCGAGUGCUAAACGCGCCUAUUCUGGUGCAGCUGAACAAAGGUCGUGUAGCGGAUGUUGACCCAGCUGCAGCUGCACUCAGUUCUUCUCACUCACAAACGGCGUCACCGCUAUCCGAAGCGGAUAUCGAGCGUGUUUUGAAAAUGUGUGACGAGAACGGCGCCGAGGAGCAGUAUUUUCGAGAAGUGCAGGGACUUAACACGAAGUCGGCGCUGCUAUCGAAGUAUAGCGAAUGUUGCACAGAAGUCCUCGUAGGGAUCCACUUUGGUUUUUCAAUUGAGUACUUAAUAUCAACUUGAACCACGCACACGCUCGUGCUUUCUCUGCUGAACGUCGGUGAAAUUGGGACGCUGGCUAAGAAAUCCUAAUCAAUUCUCAUUUAUCAAGUGGAAAAUAAAACGAAAUCAUCUGAUCACAUCAGGAUGGCCGGCGGGCAGUUUUCUUCCCGAUCUACGCUUUAUUACAACGACUUCACGGAGAAGGGCCGCAAAAUCAUGCUCGACGUGGGCGAGAACCUCCGCGAAAAGCUCGGCGAAAUUCUCGACCUCGAAAACGUACAUGAUAACUUCAAGCUUGGCACCUCCGACUUCCGGUGUUGCCUACUCCGCUACGAGGGGAAAAACGCAAACUUCGGCUUCCACUACGACACCGAGCCCUGGAACUGUUUCCGGUGCUUGUUUCUGAUCAAGCGGGGAGUGCCGAAAGUCUCCCCGUUCCUCUACAAAGAUGGAGCCGGUGAGUUGCAAAAAGUUCCGUUAAGCCAACCGGGCGACGGCUUGGUGUUCCAGGGAACGCGGUUGUUUCACGGGGUCGCGAAAACCAACGAGGACGACAAUCUGCGGUACAUGCUCGGGUUUCAGUACCGGUUUGGAGAGGACUUGGAGGUGAAGAGAAAGAAUUUCUGCAACCAAUUCCGAGGGAAGAACAGCGUUUUCGGGUCCUUGAUGGAGAUCCUGUCGAAAACUUUACCGGUUCUGGUGCUGAAAGAAGCACUCUUUCCCUCGACGCUGAUGCGUCACGUGCUGGAAAAAUUUGACGUCGAUAUGGGAACAAACGCAGCCCUAUCGACAUCCCUUUCAUCUUCGCGCGGGCGUGUUUUCGGAUCAUCCCUGUUGACUGUACUAGUUCUUCCCGAGGACGUUGCUCUUGAAGACCUAUUGACAGUGGUACAGAUGCCAAAUAAGCUAACAGCCAUCUGCAUCGCACUACUCAUUCUGAUCGCGUUUACGAAAUCUGCGCUGGUGCGGAGAAUACCUUUUGUGCUUUUCUGCGGAGCGGGGAGAAGAAGAAUCACAACAACAUCGUCCACAACGGCAUCAGCGUCAGGAGAAGAGCAAAACGAAGAGCCCAUUCUGGACGCUGCCCUUCCCGCCUUCCAAACGCAGGCCACGCCGCGGUUGCUUUCCUGCUGGAUCAUUCCGCUCGCGAGUUUGUUUUUCGUCUGUGGACCGGAUCCCGUGCUGGUGCUGUUGUUUGCGGCGUAUCUGUGUUUAACGGAACACUUGCUACCCGCACGGUUUUAUCCUGUGCAAAAGUAUCGUACUCGUAGUAAUUGCAGUCAUGCAAGACAAGUGUCUUUUUCAAGCUAAAUCAGCAUGGGGAAUUCCAUUUCUCAUGAUGAGCUAAUUUGUAUUGCAAUACUACGAGUGCGAUACUUUUGCAGUUCAUAGGUUUGUGGACAUAUUGCUCGAAGACAAACGCAAGUCGCUGGAAGUCGUGAGAAAAGGGCGAAGAGUCAUGUAGAUGCGGUUGAUGUUGGAAUCAGUUUCAGUAAUCAGAUGGUGCAGGUGCACGUACAUCUCACGACACAGCUGUGGAAUCAAAGACUUGGUCUCGCAGCCCCGGUAUCUGCAGCGCGCCAGGCGCUGGACUACAAGGUGGCAUUUGGUCGUAGUGUUAGCCAGCUACCUCUGUUGACAUGACAUCAUGAAUAGUAGACGCAAACAAGAAGAUUAUUGCACAGAUGAAAAGAACCUGUAUGACGAGAAU